AUGUUUAGUUCAUUACGUGAUACAUUUGAAGUACUUCGUGAUCAAGUAUGGUUCUUCCGUUUUUUUCUUCUUAUCUGCAUCAUAUGUGUUUAUCGUACACUCUUACAUUUUGUUCUACGUACAAAUCAUUGUCCAAAUCCAUUUUGUUCAAAAUGUCUGGGUUCCGGAUCAGUACGUGGUCGUGCAAUAAAUCGUAUUAAAAAAGAUUAUGAUGAUGAUGAAAAUAAUUCAUUGAAAUCUAUUGUACUUAAUAAUUUAGUACAACAUGAUCGUUUAGUUCGUCGAAAUGAUGAAAAACCAACAGUUUAUUAUCAUCGUGGUUUAAGUAGUAAUCAAGGUAAAAUAUCUGAUGAAGAAAUACUUUUGAAACAUUAUGAUGAACUUCGACAAGAAAUAAUUAAAUUCUUACAAAAUAAUGAUAAUAUUCAAUGGACUGAUUUUUAUUUAUAUAAAAAUGGUGAAGAAAAUGAAACGAAUUGUAAAAGUUUACCAAAAUUAUUUGAAAUUUUACAUCUAUUACCUAAUGCUAUUUGUAUUAAUAAUGAAAAUUGUAUAUUUGGUAAUUGUUUUCUUACACGCUUAACCUCGGAUAAGAAUGAAAAUGAAAAAAAUCAAAAUGGUUUAACAAAUUGUUGUAUACGUAUGAAUUUUGGAUUAAUUUGUGAUGAACAAUCACCCGCACAUGUUCUUAUUAAUAAACAUAAACGUUUACCAAUAGAAAAUAAACGUGCAACUUUAUACAACGAUGGACUUGAACAUUCCAUUCAAAAUCCAACUAAUAAACAACAAAUUUUUCUUACAAUUGACUUUUGGCACCCCGAUUUAUCAUUAGAUAUGCGCAAAGAAUUAACAACUAUUUUUCAUACUAAUUUAGCAUAG